CGAACGCCUGACCUCACAGACCCACAUGUUCGAGAAACUGACAACAGAGUUUAUGUCCUUCGAGUAGAAAAAACGAAUAUUUAUUAUAUUAUUUAGUUACAACCCCAAAGCAUGGUGAUGGAGUCCGACACAGAAUCCGACUUCUCCGAGGAGGAGUACUCGGACUACGAGGAACUGAUCUCCGAUGAAGAUGAAUCUGAUAGCGAGCUGCAAAGAGCCUUUGAAAGAGGGGACAUAAAGCCUGGAUUGAACUUUGCUGCGGACAUUGAUGAACGAAAUAAGGAAAUGAAGAACGAUGUGGCUGGUCUUGAGGAAAAACUAAAAGAGUUCAAGCAGAGUUUGCCUUGGAUUGAACGUCUAGAUUUUACCAACACACCUGCUCCUUUGGCUCCAGAGUUAGACGUUGAGAUUGCUGAGCACGCCAGGGUACGCGAGACCAGGAUGAAAGGCACAGUGAAGAACUUCAACCUGGAUGAAGACCCAAUCCACAACGACUUCAAACGGGAAAUGAUGUUCUACAGGCAGGCUCAGCAGGCAGUCUUGGAUGGCUAUGAACGGCUUGAGAAGCUGGAGAGGCCCACGCUUAGGCCUGACGACUAUUUUGCAGAAAUGGCGAAGAGCGAUACUCACAUGCAGAAGGUCCGAAAAAGGCUGAUGAACAAGAAGGCAGGACAGGAAAUGAGCGAGAAGGUGAAGAAGAUCAGAGAAAUCAAGAAAUUCGGCAAGAGGGUCCAGAUAGAGCGAGAGCAGCAGAAGCACAAGGAGAAGAGAGAGAUGUUAGAGAAAGUUAAACAGUUUAGGAAGGGUAAGACAGACAACAUUGAUUUCCUGAGCAACAAACCGCUGCGAGAACAGAGAAACAGAGUAGAUGGAAGAAAAACGAACCUUCGGCGAGCGAUGAAGGACAGGAAGUACGGCAAGGGAGGCGUUCGGCGCAACGAGAAGAGGAACAAUGCAAACGACCUGGAUGACGAGCCACGCCAUGGGGGUGGCUUCCAGAAGGGGGGGAACAAGUUUAAGGCAGGGAGGGGGGCAAAGGGGGGGAAGGGGGGUAAGAUGAACGCGGCCAAGAUGAGACCGGGCAAGAGACGCAGACAACAGAUGAAGGGCCGCUAGAAUUAAGGAGUAUUUAGGAAUUUCAAAUUGUGUGAAAGUUUUUUUUUUUUUUUUUUUUAAGAUUUAGGAAUGCAUGACAGUCAGGGAUACAUGGAUAUUUUUUAUUAAUAUUGAUGUACAGAGGAGUGGUUGUAUGUUUCCUUUGUAUGCUUUUACUUGUUAUUUUUCUUUAUUUCGUUUAUUGUAAAAAUAAGGUGACCUCCAUAGUGCAUCUAGCAGUGUACAUGAAAGUGAUGCUGAAAGAGUUAGAUUCAAUUUGCUGAUGUUUAUUGCUCUGAUAUAUUUUACUUUGAAGAGAAAAAUAUAUCUGCAUUUCAUAAGAUAGAUCAUAUUGUCAGUAAGUUAUUAAAUCUUUACAAAGAAGAGUAUAUGCUAGGUAAUUCUUGUUGGAAAUUAUUGGCAGUAAUGUUGAACUUCUAGAUUUUCUAUUAUUAGGAAAAUAGGAUCAGAGAACCAAAUCAACGUCUAUUGCAGGGCAUUGAUUCUCUGCCGUCGGUGGAGAAGUACUUGGUGGUGACUUGAUUUUACAGUUAUUGUGACUGUAGCCAAACUGUAACCUUUUUACUGGAUGUUAUGUGCAAACAGUCAUACUUCUCCAGCUGUAAUAAAAGAUUGAAUGUA